CUGAGAUUUUGUGACGGCUUCCCAACUUUACGACAACCACUAUGGCGGCUGCCGGUGGUGGAUUUGAAAGUGAGAGGAGCGUCGACGAGCGUAAAGAACAGACCCGGAUUGCCAGGACCGAGGUGUUGCGACAGGCUAAAGCCAAUUUUGAAAAGGAAGAAAGGCAUAAAGAACUUAAACGACUUCGGGAUAAGGAAACAUGGAUGCUACCUGAUGUGAAUAAGCGAGUUGAACAGAUCUCACAGGAACACUGUGUGAAGAAAAAGAAGAAAAAAGACAAGCAUUCAAGAAAAGUAAAAAAAGAGAAGAAAAAAAAGAGCAAGAAACAAAAGUGUGAAAAAAACAAUGAGUCAACUGACAGUUCAUCAAGCUCUGAAGAUGAGUGGGUUGAGGCUGUUCCCUCCCACACUACUGGCAAGGAAAAGGCCUGGAAGGUGAAAGAUGAAAAGUCAGAAAAAGAAGACAACCAAGUUAUUCAGAGGGAUGAAUGGAUGACUGUUGAUUUUAUGUCUGUUAAAACUGUGUCAUCAUUAUCACUCAAAGCUGAAAAGGAAACUAUAAGGAAAAUAGAGCAAGAGAAAACCCAAGCACUUGAACAGUUCAGACUGCUGGAAAGAGAAUUGAAUCCAUACUGGAAGGAUGGUGGGACAGGUCUUCCACCAGAAGACUGUAAUGUGUCAUCAGUUACUAAAGUAGUAGAAGAUGGUGGUUUAAGCUGGCUAAGGAAGUCUUACCAAAGAAUGAAGGAACAAGCUGAGAAACAAAAUAGAAAUUUUGAAGACAUUGUAGCUGAAAGAUAUGGGUCAAUGGAAAUCUUCCAGUUGAAAUUAAAAGAAGCUGAGAAAACUGCAUUUAUGAAAGAAGACUGUAGACGAGAACGGUGGAGGAAACCAGCAUACUCAGAUAGAGCACAAAGUACUCAGGAAAGUAGAAAAUCAGACUCGGUAAAAUAUAAUAAAAGUUCAAGAGAAAGAUAUAAUACAACAGAUAUUGCAAAGAAUAUCAAUAAAGAUAAGUUUAGUGGUGAUGAAAAAGAUAGUAGAUCUGGGUCUUUAGAAGCAUGUAGAAAAGAAUCCAGUCCAAAACAAAAUCAAGAGUUUUCUUCUCAUAUAAAUUUGAGACCUAAAUUCUUAAGACCCUCUGAUGAACUGUCACUUCAUAGCAAGAACAGAAAUUUUGAACCAUCUAGUUCAUCUUCAGCACUGGUCUCUCAGGGUUCUGUACAUUGUGGUUUUCGAAAAUCCACAGAGAACAGUGAAGAAAGUUUAUCAUGGUGGAGUCGAUCUGAUGGGAGAGAAGGAGACAGGAAAAAUUCAAAUCGAAAACCAUUAGAAACCAGUCACAGUGUUGACCGUGGACAAGUUUCAGAAGACGUGAGAGAAAAAUCACAGGGUGAAAGCUUGAGAGAGGACUCUCUGAAAAAAGAACACCUACAGGAUACAAAGUCUUCGCUUGCUGGGAGUAGUCCAGUGGAUGACUCUAUCCACAUCUUGAGUGUUGAUGAGAAGAACAAGUUGGGAGCCAGGAUUAUCAAGGCAGAGAUGAUGGGAAAUAUGGAAUUAGCUGAACAACUUAAAGCCCAACUUGACAAGGCAAAUAAAUUCGAAGACAACAUAAUGCAGAUAUCAUCAAAAAAAUCUGGGGUAGAGAAUGAAGAUCAGGAAGAAGUGAUCCUUGUCAGAACAGAUCAUUCUGGAAGAGUCUGGCCUGUGAACACACCACGAAAACAUCUGGAAUCUAAAGGAGGAAGAAGGAAGAGACUGAUUGCUUCAACCUAUGAGGAAAAAGAAAGGGUCAGAUACUUUCAUGAUGAUGAUAUUCUAAGCCUAAAUGAUUUAGUCAAGAACGAAAAGAUGGGAACAGCAGAAAAUCAAAACAAACAUUUUAUGAAAAUGACAUCUAAGUUUAUGGGAAAAACAGAUGGAGACUAUUACACUCUGGAUGACAUGUUUGUCUCCAGAGCAGCUGAGAGAGAAUGUUUUGGUGAAGAGGAGGAGAAUCAGAGGAAAAAAGCUAUUGCUGAGCACCGGAGUCUUGCUGCACUAAUGGAAAAAUGUCUGUAUUGUUUUGACAGCUCUCAAUUUCCCAAGCACCUUAUUGUUGCAAUAGGUGUUAAGGUUUAUUUAUGUUUACCCAACUUACGAUCUCUUACUGAAGGGCACUGCUUGAUAGUCCCUUUGCAGCACUAUAGAGCAGCUACCUUAUUGGAUGAAGACAUCUGGGAGGAAAUUCAGAUGUUUAGAAAAUCAUUGGUAAAGAUGUUUGAAGAUAAAGGAUUGGACUGUAUCUUUUUAGAAACAAAUAUGAGCAUGAAGAAACAGUAUCAUAUGGUUUAUGAAUGCAUUCCUCUCCCAAAGGAAGUGGGUGAUAUGGCUCCCAUCUAUUUUAAGAAAGCCAUAAUGGAAACUGAUGAAGAAUGGUCUAUGAACAAGAAAUUGAUUGAUCUCUCUUCAAAAGAUAUCAGAAAGUCUGUACCCAGAGGCUUACCUUACUUCUCUGUGAAUUUUGGCCUCCAGGGAGGGUUUGCCCAUGUCAUUGAAGAUCAACGCAAAUUCCCUUAUUACUUUGGAAAGGAAAUCAUUGGUGGGAUGCUGGAUGUAGAACCAAGACUUUGGAGAAAAGGGAUCCGAGAAAGCUUUGAGGAUCAGAGGAAGAAAGUACUGCAGUUUGCUCAGUGGUGGAAACCAUUUGACUUCACCAAAAGUAAAACAUGUUGAGACAUACCUUUCAUUUUUUUAUGUCCUCUUCAGAUUUCUUUCAGUUUUAUUUCCAUUGCAUCUAACUAAACAACUGACCAUCAGGUAAUAGGAAGAGAGUCAUGAUCUGGUUUUAUGACAACUGCAUCAUUGGAUUGUGUCGGUUUCCUUCCCCACCUGCUCCUGUGGACUUCAUUGUAGUAACUGUGGAGCAAGACCAGUUAUGUUGUGUGACCUGUUCUUGUCCUGUUCUGUACCUAUGUCUUGGUAUUCUGAACUAUUUAUAUUAACAUAUAGAAAGACUUUUCUGAAGGAUUAUCUAGGAAGUAUAGCAAAUCAUUGCUUCAGAGGGAAGCGGGUCUGCUUCAAGUUUAAGUCUGCUGACUAGCUUCUUCUGCAUUUUUUAAACUAAGAGUUGGCAUAUUUAGUAAUAAUUGAAAUUUCUUUUCACAGCAUUUUAUAGAAGCUCUUAAUUUUCUACCAAUAGCAUAUAUAUUACUACUAUUCUUUUUAUUAAAGGAGAAAAGAAUGUCCCGAAAGUAAUUAAGAAUUAAAUAAGGUAUAUAACAUGUUCAUGAUUUGUUUUUAUUUCUGCAUUUUUAAAUAGUGUCUUUGAAUUUUGGUGAUUUUAAAAGUAAUUGUUCCAAAAAUUACAGUUUACAGUUGUUUGGGGUUUGUAUGAAAGUUAAAAAUUUUAGCCAAAUCAUCAUUUUGGGGUUGUAUUGAUUAUUACAAAAUCUUAAGUAAUGUGAGUAUUUUUAGUGUCAGGAACACAUUCCGUUGUCCCAUUUGAUCUAAGGUUCUUCAUUUUCCUUUAUUCUUACACUUGGUGUGAAGAGAAAAACCCUAUACAUAUAAAAUAUGGCCAUGGCCUCUCAGAGUGUUCUUACUUUAUUUUUUAUAUGGAAGAUAUUUUUGUAGUAACCCUUUUUCAAAGAUGUUGAUUUUUUUGGAGCGGAACCUUGACAUUUUGUCAUGAAAUGUUGAAUACUUAGAAUCAAUGUGACAUGUACUCUACAGUAACUCCUAACUCGAUGUAGUUAUUUUUAAUAUUGACAUCUCAUUUCUUUAGUAUCUUGAAAAAAGAGAAAUGUUUAUGUUCUGUCUGCAGUUUUAAAAUUUUAAUAGAAGUUGGAAGUUUAAUGGUUUCAGGUUCUCAAUAUUUGCAAAUUGGAUUUAAGUUAUUAUCGCAUUGAUACUUGAUAGUAUUUUAUUUAUUGCUGUUUUCAGACUCUUUUGGCCUUGCUGCAAAGUCUCAGAGGAAUCUUUAACAUUCAUUUAUUCAAUCAGUGAGUUAACAAACAUUUGUUUGCAGGGCAUUUUGUUGCAUACUGGUAGUACAAAAAUAAAAAAUACUUCCUAUACCUUAAAUUAUUUCAUAGUUUAGUGGUGCAAGAGACAUGUUCAAAAAUAUUUGCAGCAGAAUAUAAGUUCUAAUGCAAGAUAUGUGCCAAGUGUAUUCAAGUACAGUGCUAAAGGACUAUUUAUACCUCCUCUGUUUUCAUUCUUAGCUGAUGAAUCUUGCUUCCUGUUUUACUGAGAAAAUAGAACUAAAUAGAAGGGAGUUUCUACCACAUCUAAUUAAUAUACCUGCAUCUGUACCCAUGUACUCUGCUUUUCCUCUUGAUAACUAUAGGUAAAUUAUUUUGUUGUCCUUAUCUAGAGCUAGUCAACUCAUUUAUGUACUACUAGAUUUCAUCCUUUUUCACCUACUCAAAUGCCUCUACCCUCUGAAUUAUUAGAUUUUUUCCUCUCUAUAAGAUUAUUUCAAUUAGCAUACAAAACCUUUUAUAAUAUAUCAACAACAAGCCCUGGCAUCAUACUCCCACCCCUAGCCAUUUCUCUUCUCCAGUUGACCAAAAUUCAUUAAAAAAAAAUCUGUUUCCUUUCCUUCCAUCUUCUUCCUGUUCUCAUUAGUUAGACUUCAUCCUCACCAUUCUACUAGUUUUAGUUUUGUUUAUGGUAAGGUCCUCAGUUCCUUCCACAUUGCCAAAUCAAAUAAUUUAUUCUCAGUGCUCAUCUUACUCUAUCAGCUUCAUUGGCAUACUUGAUCACUUCCCCUUCUUGAAACACUAUUUUUACUUUGCUUCUAGAACACUGUCUCUUAUUUAUCCUCUUUCCUUACUGGCUGCAUCCUCUCAAUUUCCUUUGCUGGUUUCUCCUCUUGUCAACUUCUAAGUGUUGAAAUGCCUAUUCUCAAACUGUAACUACUGUAUUCACUCUCUCCCAAGGUAAUUUUCUCAAUAAAAUGGUCUUAAAUACUA